GUCAACUGUGUCACCUUUUGCCCUAAAUAACAUCAGAUGAAAAUACUCUCAAUAACAGUUCCUUAAAAUGAUCCGCGAUAGUAUUUCUUGCGCUCAAGUGCGAAAUAGGGCAGAACAAUCCCGACUGACGACAUUUCUACAUAAAAUGGAGAGGCAAAAAAAAGAGGAGAUGCGUGAGUUAAGCUGCAAGAGGAAGCAAUUUAGGUCUAGUUUUUCAAAGUUGAAUCUUCCUAGCCAGUACUCCAGCCAAUACUCUAAAGAGGUGUCCGAAGUGAAGAUGUAUGACCGCCAUAACCCAGGACUCUGCUACAGGAGAAAUGGUGGUCAGAAGAUCAUCUAUCAACUGCAAAAUACACCAUCUAUGGAUUAUAAGCAAAUUCACGAACUAGUUUUCACCGAUGGCGAAGUAGACAUCGAGAAGAUAAUAUGCAUUCAUCUAAUUUCUGCACACAGAAGUGAAACCCUAACACCACCAAAGAAAAGGAAAAUCAUAUGCAAAGAAAACUCGCCACAAGAACGACUACUAGAUAGGUCAAAAAAAGGGUUCAGCAACUAUCAGAAGUUGAACUCCGUGCUACCACUAUAUACUAUCGAGCCCUUAAAACUAGGCACCGUUGGUAACUAUACCGAUCCUCCGGUCAUAAAUGAUGGAAGACUUGCUGCCAGAUUGUUAGUGAACGACAAGAUCAGGGAGCUUUUGAGGUUCGUGAUCAACGGCUUGGAGAAGUCCAACAUAGAUAAACUUAAGCACAUGUGCAGUGUUGCUCACGACGAGGAGUAUGUUAAGGAUGUGCUGCAAAAUAAAAGGAAUAUGAAGUUCAUUGAAGCUCUGGCGGAGUUGCCCAUAGUAAAAAGCUGUGAAUCCUUUGUUCUCACUCCACCAUUCCGCAUCAAAUCGAACAGUUUGUUCAUCAAAACACCCAACGGCGCAUUGGAACGCAUCGUCAACCAAUUCCGUCAUGAAAUCCUGCAGCUGCCCUCCAGAAACCUUGUGAUCACCCAAUCGACGCCCAUUCAGAUCGAAGCAACCCCAAGGAAGAGCCCAAGCACCUGGUCAGCGCCUUGCGAGAGGUUGACUGUGCGUGAGUUCAUGGAUAAGGAUUUGGGUAUAGCCACCUCAAGAGGCUCAGAGGAAAAGGAUGCAGGUCGUAGAGAGAGCAGCAGCCGCUCCUCACAGAACUUCGUUCUGAAGAACAUCAGACAAGCAUCUAAAGCGAAAAGGAUAGAAUACGAUGACAGCGAUGAAAACAUAUUCACGAGGUCCGAGAGGAGGCAAUCUACUACCAAAACUCCUUCACCGCCCAGCUCUAUAAAACUUUCAGAUAUAAGAACAGAAGAAUCUAUUAACAUCUCCGGAUUAGAUAUGAAGUUGUCAGCGAUCAGCUCUUUCAUUACCGAAGACACAGAAAAAGAAAAUAUUGAGAACGAAGAGGAAGACACACCUGAAUGUGUCCACAAAGAACAAUCAGAUUCAAAAAAGCGUAAAUCAACUGAUGAUCCAGGCAUUCCCAAGCACUUUGUGAAGAAAGUCAUUUGUCCAGCAUGCAUGGCAAAAUGGAAAGCUGCCCCUCCCACACCAAAAACACCCAGAUUGAGAAAAACUGACGUACCUACAUUGAGUAAUCCAGUUUUUAAGACUAACGACAUCAACAGAAUAUCUCUGCUCAUCAGCAAAGAAGAAUUCAAGCUACAAUCGUACGAGAGAAGGUUCUCAUCAGAGAGCUCUGCUAAAGGUCAAGGAAAGAGAGAGUCAAUUGUCACUGAGAAUAUAGAAAACAUUUACAUCAAACCAAUGGAUCUGGUUAGGAUAGAACAAGAAAUAAGGGAAAAGGAGACCGAAAAGAAGCUUCAGAGAUUUUUGAACGGUCACAGUUAAAUAUUGAAGAAGCAAUAUAGUUUUGAGUUCGCUCGACAACCGACUGCAAUGCUAAACAUUUUACAGUCAGAUGUAUCAUAUAUUGGCUAAGAAUUGUUACUGUAGACAUUUUUUUAAAUAUCUGUAUACUUCAACUGUUAGAAAUAAAAAAUGUUCUGAAGCGUC